UACUUUUUUUUAUCAGAAGAACAUAUUCUUUUGAUAAUUUUGACAAUUUUUCCGUGAAAAGAUAUCGAGAAAUGUGCAUUCUAAUUUUUUUACUCUAUAAUUUUAUUGAUAAAUUUUAAGCACAAUAAAACGCAAUAUGUUUCAAACAUGAAAUAAAUUCACGCAAAUAUUUGGAAGUACAGCGACCGUAUUCUUGCAAAAUAUUAUUUAAGAAAAUAUGUAUGAAAAUAUUAUAGUAUACGUCACAUAUACUAUAAUAGAUUUUUCUAGUAUUUUCAUAUGCGAAAUUUUUUCAGAUAAGAAAACCCAGCUCAUUUCAUUGAUUACCUACCAUAUUCGAACUGGCAGUACUGGCGCAGAAGCAGAAGCGAGAAGUUAAUCCAAGUUAACCUCGACAGAUCUCACCUGAUCGUGAACGAGUUCGCGUGGCAGUACGCGACGUGGGAAGAAUUAUUUUGUAAUGUUUUAAAGUACUUACAAUUGCGAAUUAUUUUAUCACGUAUUAUCGCCUUGUGAAUUCAUCGGAUAGACAAUCGUGACGAUGUCAGCGACCAAGAAACACACGCAAAUGACCGAGCAGCAAAGACUCAAAAAGAUGAGCAAGGCGCAGAUACAGCUGGCUGUAAUCAAAAAGAAACAAUGUGACGCGAAGGCUCUUAAGAUAGUCAUGCAGCUUCUGGAGCCGUAUGUGAAUCCCAACUGGCUCCUUCAAAAUCUAGGAUUCAUAAAUAAGAGCCAUAUGGAAGAUGCAAUAGAAGAGAGAGCAAUAGUAAAGCUGUGCGGAUACGUUCUCUGUUCUAAUCAGCUGACUGUCAUCAUUCGACAACAGUAUCACAUAUCGACUCGCAAGAACAAAGUGUACGACAUCAGCAAGCGAAAGAACUUUUGCAGCUCGCAGUGCUACGCGGCGGCGAAUUUUCUUCUCGAACAAAUGCUCGAGAGCCCGCUGUGGUUGAGAGAGAACGAGGACACACCGGUCUUUCAAAUCAUGCCACCGAACUUCAGAUCUGCGCCGUGUGGGGACGAAAUCGACGUUACCGGAAAUAGAUUUUCGCAAAACGUAAAUGCUGACAAUAAUGACAAUGACGGUAAAAAGGGUGCAGAACGUAGCGCGAUCAAGAUGGAAAGAGAUGCGGCGUGCAAUGCAUCAAGCCCUGAGAAAAAAGAUACGUGCAACUCUCAUUUAUCAGAUAAUGCAACUGCCGAGAAAGAUGCGAAAACCGAAGAGAUUUCUGUAAAUAUUAAUUCGCAGAGACCGUUCGACUGCGAAACGCCUCCGUCAGAACUGCAUACGAAUCUGGAAAGCAAAAAUUGUGAUUCCGAGGAGUUUACAAAUCCUGAAAGUAGCUACAAUAAUAAUAAUGUGAAACAAGUAGACGUUACCCUAGAGAAUUUAGAAAUAGAGAUUGCCGGCCAAUCUGAUAAUAUUCUACAUUUGCAUAAACACAAUGGGGAUACAGAAAAUAAAAGUAAUGUAGAUAGAUCCAAUAACGAAACGUUACAGCCUCAACUGGGUGAGGUGAGUAACGAUGGAAAUAGUAUUAGCAAAAGAAUACAGCCUCAGUCAGUUGAAACAAGCAACAACAAGAAUAAUAAAAAUGAAGACAGAUUACAGCCUCAGUCAGUUGAAAUAAGGAGCAACAAGAAUAAUAAAAAUGAAGAAAGAUUACAGCCUCAGGUACAGAUCAGAUUAAAUACAGAUAGAAAUCAGAUACCGAUAGAAAUAAAUAAUAGCCCUAAUGAUGGAAAAAUGAAGCAAUCUCAUUCGGAUAAAACGCGUAGUAAUACUGUGAUCUCUUCUGCAUCCGCGUGCUGUGAUAGGAAAAUAGGAGAAGCAGAUAGAAUUGACAAAAGUAAAAAGUACAAGCCGAAGAAAACUGACAACGCGGAAGCACAAAAUAUUUAUCUCAGACUUGCGAUGCACGUUGAACAGAAUGUCAGAGAAUGGGUGACGAAAAAUACGCGUUGCCUUCUAAUGGGCGAUGCGGACGAGAGGAGUCAGUUACUAGAGAAGCUUACGCAGUACGACAGGUAUCAGCAGUUGUGUAGAAAGUUGAACAAGCUGCAAGUGGAGGACGAAAAGGAGGAUCGCGUCGACUUGGAGAGAAACGAGCUCAAACCUUCACCACACUUCUCCACGCUCCAAGAGGAUGGAAAGAAGAUGGAAUUAAAGGUACGUGCGUUUUACGAGGGUCGAAUGACGAUCACACCAUCUGAGAAUAGUAACACAAAAUCGGAAAGUAAAGACGACGAUGAGCCUGUAUUACCACUGACAGACACUCAUACGCCCAAUGCGCUUCGUCGCCGAAUUUUCCUGGACAAUCUUAAUAAGAUAUUGCCGGAUUUGAUGCGUGCUUUAACAGCUAGCGCGGAUAUUUCUUCACUGGCACAAUAUACUUAUAAUAACGAGAAGUAUUCAUUAAUCAAGAUCUUGAUUAGCACUUUCAAUUUGUCUGCUACGAACAUCGUCUUUAAAACUGCUGAGUGGACACUCGUGGGACUUGUCAUCAUUAAAAUGUUGAGCUUGAUUGAUACACGAUUGCAAUCGUUGCUCCGAUCUAAGCAAGCCUCGAUGUACACAUCUAUGAUUCUGACAACGUACAAAUUAGAUUCCAAUUAUUUAGACAGACUUAUAAUGGAAGUAACAAACAAUAUAGACGCAACUAACAAUAAGUCAAGCGAUAAAUAAUGUUAAAUGAAAACUGUGAAAUAGUUUCGUAAAUAUUAAAAA